AUGUCAACACAUGCAAAUCAUUCUUUUCAUUUAGUAGAUUACAGCCCUUGACCUUUAACAGGAGCUAUUGGAGCAAUAACUACUGUUUCUGGAUUAGUUCAAUGAUUCCACCAAUAUACAAUGACUUUAUUUAUUUUAGGUAAUAUUAUUACUCUAUUAACUAUAUAUCAAUGAUGACGAGAUAUUUCACGAGAAGGAACUUUUCAAGGACUUCAUACAUAUUCUGUAACAAUUGGAUUACGAUGAGGUAUAAUUUUAUUUAUUGUUUCUGAAAUCUUUUUUUUUAUUUCAUUUUUUUGAGCUUUUUUUCAUAGAAGCUUAUCUCCAACAAUUGAAUUAGGAAUAACAUGACCCCCUAUUGGAAUUUUAGCUUUUAACCCUUUUCAAAUUCCUUUAUUAAAUACAGCAAUUUUAUUAGCUUCUGGAGUAACUGUAACUUGAGCUCAUCAUGCCUUAAUGGAAGGAAAUCACUCUCAAACAACUCAAAGAUUAUUUUUUACUAUUGUCUUAGGUAUUUAUUUUACUAUUCUUCAAGCCUACGAAUAUAUUGAAGCUCCUUUCUCAAUUGCUGAUGCAGUCUAUGGCUCAACUUUUUUUAUAGCAACUGGAUUCCAUGGAUUACAUGUUUUAAUUGGAACAACUUUUCUUUUAAUUUGUUUCCUACGACAUAUCAAUUACCAUUUUUCAAAAAAUCAUCACUUUGGAUUCGAAGCCGCUGCUUGAUAUUGACAUUUUGUAGAUGUUGUUUGAUUAUUUUUAUAUAUUUCUAUUUAUUGAUGAGGUAGAUA